AUGUCACCUGUAAAUGAUGCAUACAAGAAAAAGGGUCUCAUACAGGCUGAACAUCGUGUCGCAAUGUGUAGUCUUGCUUGUAAAAGUUCCGAUUUUGUGAUGGUGGAUCCAUGGGAGGCAAGUCAAAGCUCUUACCAACGCACGUUAACGGUUUUGUCUAGAGUUAGGGAAUCGUUACUCCAAAGUAAAAUCGUAACCAGUGAGUCGCUUAAAGUCUUGCUCAUCUGUGGUUCUGAUCUGUUAGAAUCUUUCAGUAUUCCCGGAUUUUGGAUCCGUGACCAGGUUAGGACCAUUUGUCGAGACUUUGGUUUGGUUUGCAUACGGAGAGGUGGCCAAGAUGUUGAGGAUAUCAUAUCUAAGGAUGAUAUUUUGAUCGAGUACAUGGAUAAUAUCAUAAUCGUCGAUGAAGUGGUACCAAACGAGAUCAGUUCGACCGGGCUAAGAGACUGCAUUUCAAGACGAUUGUCGGUGAAGUAUUUGACAGCCGAUGAAGUGAUUGAUUAUAUUACACAAAAUGGGUUAUAUACUUAA